AUGUCCCAGAUCAAUCAGCGCUUUUUGGAAGGCUAUAGGCAGUCGAAAACUGUGGUGGCGUUGCUAGGCGUGAAGGAAAGCAUCGAUCAGAAGGCAAAUGAUCCACAAUAUACGCCUUCAGGAACUGUUUACUUUUGUUUCGACGCUUCUUCUUACCCCAAGGAGCAUUUCGAAUCUCAUGACGUAAAAUUCCGCGAUUCUCGCUCUUUGAUUGGCUAUCUCAAUCUACACGACUCAAAGAUUAUCGCCCAAGCGAGAUCUAUUGUGGAUUGGAAUUUACGACACAAGUACGAUUCUGGUUCUGGGAAACUCAAUUAUAGCUGCUGGGCAGGUUGGAAGCUCUGUUGCAGUUCUGUGUUUGAUAACCAGGAUCAACCAUCACAUAGCUGGAAAGGCGUUCAAAACUACCACUACCCACGCACAGACCCUGUUGUCAUUAUGGCUGUUUUGUCUCCAGACAGAUCAGCUAUUUUGCUCGGACGUAACAAGCGCUACGCCGGUGGUAUGUAUAGUUGCUUAGCUGGUUUUGUUGAGGUUGGUGAGACAUUUGAAGAGGCAGUCGCCAGGGAGGUGCAUGAAGAGGCUUGCGUGCGUGUUCUCGACGUGAAGUACUUCGCCUCCCAGCCAUGGCCAUAUCCAAGUUCACUCAUGACUGGAUUUUAUGCAAUCGCCGAUGUCAACAGCAACUAUGAGAUAUCUAGAACGGACUUAGACGGAGAAUUGGAAGACGCUAGAUGGUUCACACGCGAAGACGUUGAGGAGAUGGUAAAGCGCUCGCCUAUCAGUCUUGGUGAUAAGCCACCAGAUAAUGUUCCCUUCGUUCCAAACAAGCAUGCUAUCGCAGGUGAACUGAUUAGAAACUGGUUGGCUACUUUUGAAAAAAAGAGCGCAAUUUAA